AUGGAAAAUCAUACCUACCAAUCAAAGCUCAAAUCUCAGUUAGAGCUCUUAAUCGAUUUUGAAGAGGAUAAUAGAGAUGCUGACGUUGAUGAUUAUGGCUUGAAAACGUUUUACCCAUGCCCGUUUUGCGAAGACGAUUUUGAUAUUCUUGAGCUGUGUUGCCAUAUUGAUUUGGAACAUCCAAUUGAUGCUACCUCUGGGCUUUGUCCUGUUUGUGGCAUGUGGGUGGGAACAGAUUUGGUUGAGCACAUAACAGCUCAACAUGGAAAUUUGUUUAAGAUAUCCUUUUUGAUCUUCACCAUAGAAAUUAAUCUCAAAUCAAAAUACCAUAAACAUGAUUUGUACCCGAAACUUUCGUUAUCAAAAAAGGGUGGACGGAAUGGACACUUGCAAUCUUCUUCAGACGGGUUGUCAUCGCCUGGGAUGUCAACCUCCAAGGCGGCUUGUGAUCCAUUUCUGUCAUUUGUAUGUGGCUCGCCUGCUUCUGGUGAACACGGAAAUGUGCAGCCUGAUUCUUCAAGUGAAGCAAGCACUGAAGAAAUACACUCAGAUGAAACAUUGUUAGAAAGAGAUGUUCCACCACCUUUAUGUGAGAAAGACAAAGUGGAGAAAGCAAGACGAAGUGAGUUUGUACAAGGGCUCUUGUUUUCUACUAUUCUUGAUCCUGACUUUUGA